AGGCAACAGAACUGAAUCUAUCUGAAGUAGGUGGAGUCUGAAAUAGUGAGGAAAAAGGAGAGAAAAAACUGAAAAAAAGCACACAACAGUAAAGGGGGGAGGACGUCGGUGCAAUUGUGUGAAUUUUGGUUAAAUUACAUUGAAGAAAAUAGUUGCAGAGAGGAAGAAACCAAGAUGAUAACGCCCUACUUCCUAGAGAAUUUCUGGGGCGAAAAAAACAAUGGAUUUGAUGUUCUCUACCACAACAUGAAGAAUGGUCAAAUCUCUUCCAAGGAACUUACAGAGUUCAUCAGAGAAAGGGCUACCAUAGAAGAGGUCUAUGCCAGGUCAAUGACCAAACUUGCCAAGUCAGCUGGCAACUUCUCUCAGCUCGGGACGUUUGCUCCGGUGUGGGAUGUGUUUAAGACGUCCACAGAGAAGCUGGCCAGCUGCCACCUAGAGCUGGUGAGGAAGCUACAAGAGCUUAUCAAAGAUGUGCAGAAGUACGUGGACGACCAGGCCAAGGCCCACAAAAAGACCAAGGAGGAGGUGGCGUCCACACUGGAGGCCGUCCAGACCAUCCAGACCACUGGGGUAGCCUUACAGAAGUCCAAGGAGAACUAUAACGCCAAAACUGUGGAGCAGGAGAGACUCCGCAAGGAGGGAGCCACACAGCGAGAUGUGGACAAGGCUGGAGUGAAGGCCAAGAAAGCCACGGAAACCUACAAGGGCUUUGUGGAAAAAUACGCCACAGCCAAGUCCGAGUUUGAACAGAAGAUGGCUGAAACUGCACAGAAAUUUCAGGACAUCGAGGAGAGCCACAUCGUCCACAUGAAGGAUAUCAUUCAGUCAUACACACAAUCUGUUGACGAGACACACGUUCAGAUCGGAGAGGUCCAUACAGAGUUUGAAAGGAACAUGGAGAACACCUCUGUGGAGGGCUUGAUACAGAAACUCGCUGACAGUAAAGGAACGGGCAAAGAGAGACCAGGUCCUAUUGAGUUUGAAGAAUGCAACACUGCCAUCGCCACUGAAGGAGCCAAACCCAGAAAGAGGAAAACAUUUGCGAUCCCAGGCCGCCGGAAAGACAACAAGGACACAGACUCCACGGAGUCGACAGAAGUUGAACCUGCUAACAAUGCCAAUGGAGCUCCUCCUGGAUACUAUGGCACCAUAGACUUCCAGAACGCUAAUGUCCCCACGGUUGAUGAAGAUGGCUUCUGUAUCAGACCCGAAGACCGCAACGAAAAUGAUGCCAAAGAGAACUCAUUCUAUUCAUCGAGUGACUCGGAGGAUGAGGAUGAACCCAGGAAGUUCCGCGUGGAAAUCAAACCGGUGGCGCCCAACAACAGGACGCAACAAAGCCGAGCUACCAUCGACCAACUCAAGGCCUCCAUUGGAAACAUCAGCCUGUCACCACCAACCUCUGGUCAGAUGCGAAGGAACCAAUCCAGGUUGUCAGGAAUGCAUUCCCACUCAGCGAUAGGCUCUCAGGUGCUAGGUGAUGAGUUGGGAAAGGCCAGGAUGCCAAAAUCUUUCAAUGACAGUAGACCUGCUCUCAAUAAUGACCUUCUCUCACUGGAUCCGUUCGGCCCUGCCCACACCCUGGGAGGCUCCUCCUCCUCAGUGUCUUCAUCAACAGGUUUAUCACUCUGCCCUGCCCUGGACUAUCUGGCGCCCUCUACAGCUGAGGUGGUGUUACAGCGGGAGCUCUCUUCUCCCCCACUGGCAGACAGCCUGCAGCAGGCCAAAGGAGAGGUCACCCCUCUACCUUCCUCCACCACCACUACCACCACCACCUUCUCUCCAUGGAACUCACCAGCCGACCCCUUUCUGGCCCUAAAGCCCAUCCCAGCACGGGCCCAGAGCGCCCCCAUCACCCGGCAGGAAGAGCCCAUAGACGCCCAGGAUCCAACCCCAGUCCCCACAGGCCCAGACCCAACAAGUGUGCCUCAGGGAAAGGACCAGUCUGCCUUCUCCUGGUCCCAGAGCCAGUGGAUGGCCUUCAACGACGACUUUGUGCCAGUCAGACGCCAGCAGAGCUGCGGUCCGGGUACAGGUCUGGUCAACCGCAACCGGACCCAGUCUAACCCUCCUAUCGGCAGGCCUCAGUCUUGCCGGUCCAUCUGUUUCUUCUCUGAUGACCCCGCUGACCCCUAUAAUAAGAUGGCGCUGAGCAGUGGGGUUGGGGAGGACAGCGCCUCCUCUGUCUCUGAGGUCUUUUCAGCACUGACAGAGGGGAUGGUGGCAGCAGCAGCAGCAGCAGCUAGCCAAAUACACAACGUGCCUGCCCUGGCCAGACCCACUACCCCUCAAACUGGUGCCAUGGUGCCUCCUCCACGACCCUCUUCCCGACCCAAACUACCCACAGGAAAACUCACAGGAAUCAAUGAAAUUGUGCGGCCGUUCAGCCCGCCCAAGACGUUGUCCAACGCCAGUCCUCCUCCGGCUGCUCCCCUGGCCCGGGCAGAGAGCUCCUCCUCCCUGUCCUCCACCGCCUCCCUCAGUGCCUCCAACACACCCACCGUGGAGGAUGAUGGUUUCAUCGGGAAGCUGCCCACCUUUGAGAAGCGCUGUGAAACGCCUGCAGGGACAUCUCGCGGUCCCAGCCCAGUGACCCUGGCGUCCCAGGAUGCCUUGCCCAUCGCUGUGGCCUUCACAGAGUCUGUUAAUGCCUACUUCAAAGGAGCUGAUCCCACUAAGUGCAUAGUGAAGAUCACAGGUGACAUGACCCUGUCCUUCCCCAUGGGUAUCACCAAGGUGUUCACCAGUAACCCCUCCCCUGCCGUGCUCACCUUCAAACUGAAGAACACCUCCAAGCUGGAACAGAUCCUCCCCAACCAGACACUACUGUUCAGUGAUUCCUCGCAAAGUGAUGCAAAUACCAAGGACUUUUGGUUCAACAUGCAAGCUCUCACAUCCUACCUCAGGAAAGCCUCAGAGCAGAACCCUGCUGCGUCCUACUACAACGUUGACAUCCUCAAAUACCAGGUGUCCUCUAAUGGGAUCCAGUCGACCCCUCUGAACCUGGCAGUGUACUGGAAGUGUGACCCCGCUACCACUGACCUGAGGCUGGACUACCGCUACAACCCAGAGUCCAUGCUCUGCCCCGGCCCUCUCUCCAAUGUACAGGUUCUAGUGCCUGUAGAUGGAGGGGUCACCAACAUGCAGUCCCUGCCUAAUGCUAUCUGGAACUCUGAGCUGAAUAAGUCUCUCUGGAAGCUGAGUGAUAUCUCUGAGAAGUCUGAUAAUGAAGGCUCAGGGUCUCUGAGGGCUAAGUUUGAGCUCUCGGACGGCCCAUCCACCCCAACCACCCUGGCUGUGCAGUUUAUGAGUGAGGGGAGCACGCUGUCUGGGGUGGACAUAGAGCUGUUGGGAACCGGGUACAGGCUGUCCCUCAACAAGAAGAGGUUUGCCACAGGUCGUUACAUGGCAGACUGUUGAGUAGGCACACCGUCCUUGACCCCCAAGCACAACGACUCUAUUGAACAUUUAUUUUCAAAACUUUAGUCCUUUUUGUCUUAUUUAUGAAAGGGGAGGGUUAGAGGGGAGAGGUGCAGCGAAUACAACGUUUUUUUGUGACACAUCUAGACACUUUACAUUAUGUCCCAAUGUACCUUGUCUGUCUCGAGAAGAGAGCUUCUUAGUACAGUAAAGCAGCACUGAGUAUUGAUCACUGUUUAAAAAAGAAAAUAAAUAGAAGAAAAAACUAAGUUGGGCUGUCAGGAAAUGUAAAUGUAUAGAUAUUGAGAAGUGUAAUGCUUUCUGAUCAAUUCAGACUUUUAUAAAGUCAGAACCGUAGUGUUUCGUUAUGUAACAAUGUAUGGAUUAUAUAUAAAUACAUAUUAUAUCGAAAAAAGAAAAAAAAUGGAAAAAAAUCUGCACUAACAAUCUUUCCGUCCAUUUAAAAAAUAUAUUUGUUCUCUCCUUUGUAAAUUGGGUAUGUGUAUUCCACUGAAGCUCUUGUAGUAACAAAGAUUCUGGGUAAAACAGUGAGAAAAGAGAAGAUGUGAGAGGAGAGGAAAUGCCACACUUUCCUCCCUCAUCCCCCUCUCCUCUUCUCCAUUGCAAGUACGAUCGCAGAUUAUUUUACUUUGUGAGACUCGAGUUCUGUUUUUUGCUGAUGUAUCUUUUUUCCUGGGUUAUUUUUAUUCUGAUCAUGUGCAAUGAAGAAAUUAAGGUAUAAGCUGUCUUUUUUUAAACUAAACAGAUUCUCUCAAAAGUUCUCAUAGCACAACAUUUAAUCAGUUGUCCUGUCGCUUCUGACAAUUGGUAAUAACACAAGGUCAGCGCUCUUUUAAAAGCAAAAAAAAACAAUACUUAACUGACCUCAGUGCCUCUUUCUUUCUGUGGAUAAAUUCAUUGAAAAACGUACCUAUGUUUUCUCUAUACCCUUUUGUAUGUUAAAAAAGCACCGCUAACUAAAGAAAACACCAAUCUUGUGCCAGUUGUUGUUUUAUAAUCUUGUUUUCGGAUGUUGAAGGGAAAAUGCUUCCAGUUUCUACACCAGUCAAACCUAAAGGUAUCUGUCUUCCAGAAACCACUGAUCCAGUGUACUCACUGUCUCAGUUCUGUGUCUUUGCUAUGAUGUCAUCUUUUUAAGUAUUUUCUACUGGGGUAAUUUUUCUAUCUUUGAUCAGAGUGAGAUCUUUGUUCCCAAACUGCCUUCGGUCUAUUUGAGAGCACCGGACAGCCUGUUAGCCAAGCAUCUUAAUCAUAAUCAGGCCAAAUCAAUUCUAGAAAUGCCUUAAGAAAAUAUACCUUGUCAUCUGUUGAUGAUGGUAAUAAGAUGCUACCCAGUUGUAAUAGGCUACAUUACUGCCAUGUUUGCCUGUGUGGAGAGAGACAGACAACAGUUCUUAGUGCUGACUCGAUUUCGUACUGAGUGGUUCAUUCUUGCCUUAUAUACCAAUGGAGGACCAGUAUCUAGAAGGGCUACAUCUCCUAGAUGGAGAGAGAUGCAUACACCUUAUGUAUCACUUCUAUCAAUAUCACAAGCGCAUGUGUUUGUAAGCCUUUUUCAUCCAAUGCCUUCUCCCCAAAACUGCAGUUUUGACAGUAUAGAUAAUGAUCAGAGUACUGUAUUUUCAUUACCAACAUUGAUAUGGGCACACCAGUAACACUGUGAUUGUGGACUGUUAGUGUUCCAUCAUGAAUGUGUCCAUCUGACCACCAUAUGCUUGUUAACUCCUGGCCCGUAUCCACAAAGCAUCUCCGAGUAGGAGUGCUGAUCUAGGAUCUGGCCAUAUAAUAUGAUCAAUUAUGAUCUAAAAGACAACUGAUCCUAUAUCGGCACUCUUACUCUGAGACGCUUCGUGGAUACGGACCCUGGUAUUUGGUACAGUUGAUACUGUUAACGUUCUCUCGGCUUCUGAAAUGGCACCCUAUGCCCUACAGUCUAUAGUGCAAUACUUUUGAUCAAUAAUAGUGCACUAUGGAAUAGGGUUCCGUUUCAGAGGCACUAUGUGUAGAUAUGGUUAAUCGCAUCGCUUACUAGUAAACGUGUGAUCCGACCUAACCUCAAGAUAGAAGUGUUCAGCUCAACAACAUGCAUUUUUGAAGUCAUCAUGUGUAAAAUAGGAUUUGUUUUGUAUACAGUACAAUAAGUCAUGAUUAUGUUUUGAAAGACAUGGAUUAAUCAUCACUGUUUUAAUUAUUGGUCAAUUUUUAUUUGUAUGUACAAUGUUUUUAAGGAUGAUAUUUGUUUAAGAUACAGUUUAAGACUCCACUUUCAGUAUAAUUGUAGCGGCAGAUACGAUCUUUAGUUGGAUGGGGGGUAAAAUUAUGCACAAAGAAUCUCUUCCAGAACACUAUAUAUGUCCCAACCAAAUGAUGUGUGGCUAUCCGAAUGAAUUUGGAGUUUACUAAACUAAAGCGUUAUCAUGCAAAACAAACUGUAGCAUAUUAGGAACGUUUAAAGAGAGGAACAACAUAUAAAAAUCUGGAUUUUUUUGAAUGGAGUUCUUCUUUUAAAUAUCAUGUCAACAGCACAGGUUACUCUCGAUUCACCCACUUUGAUCAGAGAAACCCCCACACAGAAACGGAAUAUACACUACCGUUCAAAAGUUUUGGGUCACUUAGAAAUGUCUUUGUUUUCCAUGAAAACAUACAUGAAAUGAG